AUGAUGCUGAUGAAGCAACAGGAAGACAACAACAAGACGGUGACUGAGAAAAACACAAACUUAACAAUUUACAUUCAACAGCUACACGAUGAAAUCAAUUAUUUAAUGAAUCGGACUCAAGAGUUGACCAAAGGAAGAGACGACCUUAACUGGACGCUGGAAUUCAUCCUGACCUUCGACACGUUUCCAGUAAAAGACUUCUGUCGCAACAAAAGAUGUCAGCCGUGUCAGAACAGCUGGGUUCUGUUCCAGAACAAGUGCUACCUGUUCUACAAAGGUGCAUCUUUUAAAACCUGGGAGGCAAGUCGACAGUUUUGUCAAAACCAGUCUGCAGAUCUGGUUGUUGUUGAGAAUCUGCAGGAACAGGAGUUUAUCAGUAAUAACACAGAGCCCUACUUGGACAAUAUUCAUGGAUACUGGUUGGGGCUGCGACAAAUUAACAACAGCUGGGUCUGGGUUGACGGACAUAACGACACUUUGGAGUAA